GUUUAACUUGAACCUUGAUUCUGCCAAGAUGGCGGAGGCUUGUGAAAAGCAUUAUAAAAACGCUUUUGAUAUUCAGCCAUUAUGAGGAGAAAUUGCUCGAGAAGCUUGGCAACGGCGCUAUUAGUGCACUAGUCCAUCAGGCCUGGAUUUGUAACACGGUGUCGGCAGAAAAGACGCUUGUAGUUUUAAUAACAUAACCUUCUAAUGUAACUUUCCGUUUUACUAUUAAAAAUGAAAAGAACAAAGUGUAUUGUGCGAAAUUGUGAAAGUGGCCCGGACUCCGAAGUUACCUUUUUUCCUCUACCGAAAGAGGCUGUUUUGAGACGACGGUGGUUGGAAGCAGCCAAUCUAUCUGAAACCGAUGUUAAUAAACGAUCUAAAGUAUGUUCCAAACAUUUCAAGAAAGGGGACUUUGCAAAGUCUGCCAAGAAUUCGGACCCGGCUAAAAGGAUAAGUGAACUACAACCAGAGGCGGUUCCAUCGAUAAAUUUGCCCCUUAAGUCCACGUUCAAAAUAAAGAUAUCGAAGAAAGACAACAACAAGGAAUUAAAAGUUGAAGAAGUUAAGGUUAAAGAAGAAAAGAUAAGGUGAAAAUGCCUAAAAAGGCACCAGCCCAGUAUGCUCCCAAAGUGGAGGUAAUGCCUGCACCAAGGACUCAUGCUCGUAGGGCUGCUAGUAAAGAAGCUUUGAAACAGAUGCAGUUACUAUUGGAUGAUGAAGAUGAUGCUGUAGAAAUUCCUGAUGAAGAUGUAUGUAUUCAUAUACAACUUAUAGAACCAUCUCCGCCUCCCCCACCAAAAAAGAAAUACAAAAUCAGCCAUCGGAAGUCAGCUGAUGGAAAUGCCGAUCGAGAGGUGUUGGUGCUGAAAACAAUAACGAACCGCAACGCCGAAAACACGUUAGAACUGGACUGUUGGGUGGAACAACUAGAUGAAGUUCAGCAGAACAGAUUAAAGAAGAGGCAGGCUGAAGAGAAAGAAAUUGAGCAGAAACUGAAGCAGCUGUUAAACAGCCCGCAUGCUAAAGUUGUACACAAAGGGGAUCUGUCGACGAUCGUUGAAAUUACGGAGACGGUCAACAAUGUAUUGACAGCGGCAGCUAAACCACCUCCUCCACCACCCGUAAUUCUAAAUAACACUACGGGGUCUCCAUAUCAGCUUGUGAUGGAUCCCAGACUGGGACUUGUUCUGGGAACUGUGGCCACCCCUGGCGUGGGUGCUAUUUCUCCUGCUACUCCACCUGCACCCAAGUCAUUACAUGGAAAAGUAACGAUUGCUCAGAAUCUGACGGAGCCCAAGUCUCUUCCUUCGACGCCGAACAUCCAGUCGGUGGCGGGCAGAACUAUGCGCACCCGGCGCGGAGGCAAGGGAGGAGCUGGGACACCGCCUCCAACACCUCCGGCGCCUGUCAGGCAGGUAGUGCAGAACAAGCCGCCCCAGGUUACGCCUACCAGGUCCACCAGAAUGCAAGUGCAACAACCAGUGGUGCCGACCCCACCGUCCAGACCGCAAAGGGGACAGGCAGCCGCAGCAGCGAGCUACGCGAAUGCCCGACCUUCAGAAAACAACGUAGAAGGAGGUUUGAUGACCGGCACUAACACUACGCCAGGAAAGAAGACCAGAGGAAACGUGGUAGUCGAUUUGACGGCAGAAGACGGUCGCGCCAAUGCACCGGACAGCAGAGAGAUAUCGUUCAACAAGCUACAGGGCAAAACGUACCCUUCGCUGGUGGUGGUAGCUAGGCCACAUCUUAGGGCUACCGUAGAUAUGCAGGCUGAAAGACCAAAAUUGGAUGCCAAGGUUAAGAGUGUACUCAUGCAUCCGCCUACUAAAUUCACAGAAUGGUUGAUCCAACAAGGCCUAGUGAAAUCUGAACAGAAAUGUUCUGUACACACGAAUAACCAGUUGAAGUUAGGCAUGUACAGUGACGUAUCGAAAUUUCCGUACUCCGGAGGUUACGUGUGGAUUUCAGAAUGUUGUCCACAACGUUUUGUCUCCGUCUUCAGCGGGUCCUUGUUUGAAGGAUCCCCUCAUCCGCCUAUGGUCAUACUGAAGUUACUCUACCAUUGGUCAUGUCAAACCAACAUUCAAAAUGUUACACAAUGGGUGAAAGUAGACAACCUGUACGUUAAAGGAAUGUACACGUGGCUACGUGCGGUAUGCACAGUUGGGCUACAGAGCCAUUUAAGAAAAAUUGGGGGACCUGGAAUCAAGGUAGAAAUCGGUGUGAUUUCAUUGGGUACCACGUCACAAGACGGAAACCAACGACAGGUCAAAGUUGAAGUUCUGGGUGUGUUAGAGACGGCUACUAAAUUGAUCAGGUUGAGAGCAGUAGAACCGCAAGUAGACGGCGACCGAAACUACAAAAAACGUUUUUCGAAGAUCCUGGAACCCGUAUUCCAAUGGGUGCAUCCUCAGAGCAUCCUUGUCGCUGAUCUCACCGUGGACAAACAGACUCUGCACAACAUGGGCUUCCAGAACGUGGUGCAGAACUCGUCCAGCGAAUAUGGUAACAAUCGGGCCAUCAUGGAUUAUCUGCGGAGGAUCGUGCCUAGAAUGUUCCAGAACACGUUGUCGCUGCUCUCCAGACAGAUUAUUCAACAGUUCCUGGAUGAGCUGGUUUGGCGUGAAUGGUAUGGCACUAAUGCUCUGCAGGCAUUUAAUCAUCUAGUCCAACACUUGUCUGAACAAACCAGGCACGACAGCGGCAUGUCCCUGAUCGUCCGCCUGAACAAAGUAGCCCAGAACCCGUUCAAGAACUGGGCGAUACCGGUAUCAGGCGCCGCCGCCUCCGCACCGGCCGCCGCGGCGUCUUCUGCGCCUGCAUCGCGCGGCAACGCGUCAUCCGCCGCGUCUCCAGCAGUCUCGGACGGUCCGAGCGCCCCCAAGAAAGCAAGAGCGGGCCGGCCGAAGCCCAACGCGGACACGCAACAAACCCAGGAGCUCAACAGGCCGCCGAAAUCUACGUCGCCGGAUGUUCCCGAGCAGAUGGUGCCGUUGGAGAACUAUUAUUAUGGUACGAUUGACACGUACUCGAAGACCCCCAGGGUCGUGUUAAAUAUGAAAUGCCCGUUCUGCAAAUCGCUGUUCGACAACAACAUCCAGUUGAUGAGCCAUCUAUUCAAACACGCGCACAACGUGUCUCAAGACGCUCAGCUGUGCAGGUACUGUUUGACGAGUGUACCAACUGCCGGCGAUCUGCUGAAACAUAUUGCCUCGUCGCAUCCUGCUGAAACGAAGUUUGACAGCGGUUUCGUAUGCUUGAUCUGCGAGACCCAAUACAUGAAUCCGUUCAUCCUGGGCAAACACAUGUCCAAGGAGCAUUGCCCUUCAGAACUUCCGUACCAGUGCGGCACUUGCGGCUAUAAGUGUUCCAAUCACAAACAGGCCAUCGACCAUUUCUACAAGACUCAUGAUCACGGUCCGACGAUCCAGUGUCCGUUCUGCUUGAAAUCCACGACGGUAUUUUCGUCAUCUCGGAACAUCACUCAAAACGUUAACUACUUCAUCCAGCAUUUGCAGAAACACCAGCGUAAGCAGUACGCGAAACGGUGCGGCAAGUGCAACCUGUGGUUCGUUCAGAAGGAUGUGCUCAAGGACCAUCAGACAAGGAUGCACGUAUCACAAAGAGGGAAACAGGGAUUGGUGCCGUGGCUUGCACCGAGGAAUGGAGUGAUGGUACCUAAAAGCAAAAUGGACAAGUAUCCGGGAGAUGCAGACGUGAUAAACUUUGAUACCCUUCGAUAUAAUGUUCCAAAAGAUCUAGUGUGUAAGGAGUGUGAUCAGCCCUUGGAUGCUCCCAAACACUUCCCGUCAUUCGAGACUUGUCAGAAUCCGAACUGUCAGUAUUCUACGUGUUGCACAAACGCGAUGCAAGAACAUAACGCAAAAUGCAGUAAAACGGGCAAUCCAGUGGCGGAGGACAAGCUACCGUUUGAGAUGCACUGUAUUUGUGGAUUCUGCAGCACAGACGGUAAUGAAAUUGCUAAGCAUCUUGCGAUCUGCGAAAAGAAAUCAUCAUAUCCCUCAAAAGUCAAAGCUAAGGCAGCUACAGUAACCCACAGCAUGUUAGAUGUACUAGGAUUGGUGAGAAAACCAGAGGAAGGUCAAACUGUAUCAAGAAAUAAAGCUACUAGAACAAGAAGGCCGGAACCAGUGGAAUGUGGAAAAGAAAUGAAGACAGAGAAAACUAAAGAUGAGGAAGUACCAAUUAAGGCAGAUGAUACAACCGCGGGAGGUGCAACUACUGCAGAAGAAGAAACAAAGGCUGCUGCAGAAACAACGGAAAAAGUUGAUAAUGUAGAAGGAGAAAAAAUGGAUACUGACGAGGCGGAUAAAGAAACAGAAGCGCAUGAAACAAAAGAUAAAGUCGAGGAAUCAACUACUGCCUCAGAAGCUGAAGACCGUUCUAGCCCAAAGGAUGAUGAGGCGAGUUCUAAAGGUGAUGGUACUGACGCUGCAGAAAAAGAGGAAGAUACUUCCAAACCUAAUGUUGAUGUAAAUGAAGAUGGUGGUUCCAAGAUGGAAACGGAUGAAAUUGAAGAUAAACCUAGUUCGACAGUUGAAGCUGAGGAGAAUGAGGAAACGUCAAAAGUUAAUGAGCCAAAUGAAAGUGAAGACAGUUCAAAAGUUGACGUUUCCGAGAAUCAAGAGGAAGCUAGUUCACAAGCUGAGGCCCCUGAAAAUCAAGUUGAAGAUGAUGCUAGUUCAAAAGUUGAUAAUACCGAAAUUCAAGAUGAGGUCAAUUCGCAAGUUGACGCAAUCGAGAACCAAAAUGAGGAUGGCGAAAGUCCUAAAGUCGAGAAUCAGGACGAAGCUAAGUCAGAGGUUGAUUCUUCCGAAACUGAACCGCAAGAAAAAGUCGAAGAAGAGAGACCCGAAGUCGAUACUAGUGAAAAUCACAAUGAAGAGGAAUCUAGUUCGAGAGUUGAUGCUGUAGAACAGCAGGACGAGAUUGAGUCUACCGAUAAGGCCUCAGAAGAAAAAGAUGAUAACGAUCAAGAUGUAAUCGAAGGCGAAAAUGAUGAUGUUCAGAAGGAAUCUGGAGGAGACUAUGUAGAGGAUGCUAAGGACGAAGAUUCAGAAGUUACCAGAGAGGGAAAUGAUGAAAGUGAACCAGUUGAAGAACCAAGCAAUAUAGUAGAUGAAACGCAGUCGUCGCAAGGAGCGACGGAGAGCGAACCUCAAGCUGCUGAAGAGAGUCAAGAUGCAUCCGAGACUUAUGGUGAAGACGAGAAUGCUAGAGACGUUGAAGAUACUGCGGAAGAUAAUAGGGAUGUAGAAGAUGAUGUAGAAAAGAAUUACCAAGAGGACAGCAAUGCGGGCCAAGACGAGUUGCCUCAAGUGAGCGAAAAUGAACCUCAAUGUGGAGAUGAGUCUGAACCUCCUAGAGAAUAUGAAGGGGCUUCUCAAAAUUCUUUGGAGAAGGGAAAUUGCAUAGAAGGCGACAUAACGUCGGAUGACAUUCAAAAUUUGAUAUCAGAUAUGGUGAGUAACAAGCAAAUGAGCUUUGAUGAUGGUUCCCAAAGCAUGGGGGCGACAGCAGGCAUCGAGAAUGACAUUGACAGUUCGAAGCAAAUCUCUGAUGUUCCGAUAGAGGAAUGCAUGAACUUGCCAGAUGGCAGGUCUGUUGAUGAAGGGGUGACACCUAUGGAAACAGAUUAAUAAGGGAAGAAGAUUAUGUUUGGACUGUGGUUUUGAAGCGGUUGUAGAAAGUUUUUCACGGGGAAUCAAGUCAGCUUGACAAAUUGCACUUUUGCGUUGCAUUCUUGAAGCUGCGAGUUCAGAUAUUGAGUGCGUGUAGCCUUGAGCUUUGGCAGUUUGCAGCAUUUGAUCAACCAUGGAGCCUAUAUACCAGGAGAAACUAAAACUUUUCUACUAGCAAUCAUUCAUAAAUGUUAAGUAAAAAAAAACAGAUACCUGCAGAAUCAAACGGUCAGAUGUCAGUGCUGGUACACGCUUGUAUCACUACAUCCUCAGUUAGGCGUCACGGUUUAGUGUCCUUUUUUGCAGGUUCUCCUGGUAUAUAGGCCCAAGAGCUGCCUUCCAGCCUUCAACGCAAUUGGGUUUAAAGCAUAUGGGCUUUAAAUAGGGAUGCAUCACACCCGAGAUGACGUCUGGAAUGUAACAAAAGCUUGUUCCGACUUGUAUUUGUCAUUACUGUCAAUGUCGCAGCUGAGGGCUAUUUCCAUGUUGAUAUAUUUUUAUUUUUCAUCUAUUUUUUUGUUUAAUCGUUUGAAUAUUGGUACGAUUCGUCCUUAAACAAAUUUCAUAUUCUAUUAGAUUUUAUAGGCAAAGUAUUUUUGUAUUUAUCAGUGUUACCUAAAUUCCAAAACAGCUGAAAAAAAGCAAGCUAUUGAACGAACAGGUAACUGGAAGUCCAGGAAUAAAUUUCGCUUUUUAAAGGCUGAUAAAAAUUUGUCUUGGAGUUUUAAAAUUAAUUUAUUGAAGCAAAAAUACACACAAUAUAGGCCGAUUUCAUGUUUUAAAAAAUUAUAUUGUCGUGGUGCCUUCCAUUUCGGUCGAAACACUCCUGCAAUGCUGUCUGCAUGUGGUUAGAAAUUGCUAAAUAUAAUGCAGGAGUAAUUGCUAUAAUUUCUUCUAUUAUUCUUGUAUUAAUACCUGCAGUCCUAGGCUGAUUAGCAUAAACUUUACUUUUAAGGUAUCCCCACAAAAAAAGUCUAAUGGGGUGAGAUCUGGACACCUAGCUGGCCAGUUCUCAAAAAGAACGGACCGAUUAAUUCCUGAAGCCGACAUUGCACACCAUACUGUUACUUUUGGGCUAUGUAGGGGCCUUUGAAUUGGAUUCUCUGUUGCCCAAUAGCGACAAUUUGAGGUUGCCUGGAACAGGGUAGGAUAGUGUGUGUACGCAAACAGUUUAUUGCAUAUAGGCUCGCAGGUGCUCUGACAGCCAAGAUACAACUGACGCUGACUGGCAAAGCUAUUCCAAGUGUUGUAAUGCUGCAUAAACUGCUCAUUACUCUAAAUUACCUACAUGCACUCAAUUUCUUGUUUUCUGCUCUAAUGGUGCUAGUUCUUUGUUUAAUUGGUAAUUUAAGUUAUGGAAACGAUUAUUUUCAUCAGUUCCAAAUAGACGUACUAAUGUAUUUAUAUAACUUUCGUAAUUUUUAUUGGAUUAUGUUAAAUAUUCAAUAACGUCCCAUUUACAUCAUUAGUUCGUCCAGACUUUAAUACUACUAAGUUGCACGGUUCCACAAUUUCAUUUCAUAUUUUCAUACUCGCAUGUUUAUUAUUGAUAAAGGUUGUCUCAAUAAGAGCGCCGGAUUUGAUUUUCAAGAAAAACACAAUUUCUUUCCGAUUUAAGCGAGUAUUUAUAUUUCAUGAAGAUGAAUGGUUGCGAUUAAACAUGAAAUAGGACAUCCGGUAAAUGGCCAUCACGAAACCGCUGGCACAGGGCCAGUCUUUUCUUAAAAUUCUGGAUAACGUUUUCGGACAACUGUGGCUCUGUUUCCCGCAUUGCGACUAUAUUUUCGAGGGACCGACCAGCAUGGGUAUCAUGUAAAAAACCUAUAAAACGUCAAAAAAACCUAUAAGGUGUCAUCUUGCAAACUAGGUAGUUUUUAGCGCGCAAACAGUCAUUCCACGUUUGAUCACUAGGAUCGUUGUGAACGUCCAUCUAAGAAGAAAUCACUCAACUAAACUACACGCAUUAUUGGUUGCAUAUACAGGGUUUGUCCGGAAAGUAAUAGGACUGAGUCGAUUUAAAAAAAAUUAUUGAGCCAAUCGUUACAUUCUUUAAAAACUUUCAUAAUAGGCACCUCCUGCGUCCAUGCAGCGCUGAUAGCGCGAUUUCCAAGCAUUCAAUGCGUCACGGAAGCGGCUGCGGAAGCGAUGGGAUGCCUGCCUUGGUCAGGUAGUUGUUCACAAGAACGGCGCUGUGAGCCGGGGCGUUGUCGUGGUGCAACUUCCAGUCAGCUGCGAUGUCUUGUCGGACCCGAUUGACCCUUCGUUUGAGUCUCCUGAGCACUUCCACGUAAAACUUGGCGUUGACGGUUUGUCCAGGAGGAACAAAUUCAUGGUCGACGAUGCCUAUGAUGUCAAAAAAGACAAUGAGCAUCGUUUUUACUUUGGAUUUGCUCAUUCUUCCCUUUUUUGGGCGAGGAGACGCCGUCGUGUGCCACUCGGAAGAUUGCCUCUUUCUCUCGGGAUCAUACUCAAAGAUCCACGACUCACCUCUGAAAAUAGCAAGAUCGCAUCUGGAUGAUUAUGUGUAUUGGUCGCAUGUGUAUAAAAUCAGUGAUAUUUGGUGUGUGAGAAAAUCCUUACUGAAUAUGCUACCAAUGAAGUAUAUCUAGUGGCUGUGCACGGCGGGUUAUUUUUAUGUUGUGCUUGCUGAAGAGAGGUUAUGUUUAAAGUUAUAAAUUACGAAAAACUGAGGAGAAUUACGGGAAAUCAUCACCGCGCCCGCGUUGUGUGUAAUUACUGUUAGCAUGUACGUAGCUUGUACUUCGACAGUCUACAGUGAAUAUAAAUAUUUUUUAUCUCAUUUUUGAAAUUCAGCAAAUUUAUAUAUGUAAUUUCCAGAAUGGAUAAGAGAAAGUGAUUGCGCAACUAAUUUAUAGCUUUGAAUCUCAAUUAAGUGUAUUUGAGACAAGAACCCAAUGUAAUUAUCAUCAACACACACAACUUACAUUAGACCUCCAGUAAUGCCAUCUCAGAAGCAGAUUUUUCAUCACAUCGGAGCCAAAGUUUGAUAACAAGCCUCAUGAUGUUUAGGUAACACGUACAACUAAGUGCUAAGUUAAUAUCUUGUAGAAAAACCUACAUAACAGCAUAAUGUAAAAAAAAAAUCGGCAUAAAGUCACUUUUCAAGAUACGUGAUACCCGUGCAGGACGGCGACGGAUAGUGGUCUUCACACUUAGCAAUGUGAAUUUUGUCUCAAAUUUUGUAAUUAUCGGCGAACUGUCGACUCAUUUGGCGCAUUAUUGCCACCGAAAAUUGUACGUACUUUGCGAACUGUUUCCUCGUAAUUUUCUCCAUUUUUUUUUAUGAUUCUUAAACGUUGCGCGUCUGAAUACUGCUCGAUGACGUCUAAUCGCGUGGUCCGAUAGCUGUCAUCAAGUAAGCACCAUAUCAUUCGUACAAAAAAUUGCUUCAAAUUCAAAUCCGGCACUCUUGUUGAGACACCUAUUAUUCAUAUCAUUUUGUAAAAAUAGGAUGGUAUAGUCAUUUUCAUAAGGUGUAGUCAUUGACACAAAUAAAUGAAAACUCCUUUCCGCGUGCGUUUUAUUAAAGUGUAAGGUUAUUUAUGUCAAGUUGACAGUUGAUUUUCCUGAAAAACUUUAAGAUUAAAUUGCACUACUACGCAGUAGUAUCAUCAGAGUUUCGUAUGCCUGUAUUGAGAGUGUUUGUAUCAAACAUUAUUUUGCUUGUUUUAUGAAUUAUGUAAGCCAUUUUAUUUAGUAAACAGUUGUACAUAGUCAGAUUAUAUUUAACAUUUUGUAAAAAGCUUGUUUUAAUAAAUUUAGUUUUUUCAAAAAGACUCUGUGCGGUUAUAAACUCUACUUUGAAGUUAUUAGUGAUGUGAAAUUAUGUAUUUCUGUUUCUAUUUUUUUAUAGAUAAAACACUGUGUAUGGAACCAGUUUAUAAUAAAUUGUUUCAAAGAUAUUUUAGUUUGUCCAAUAUUUUUCAUGAUCAUCGUCACUAGUACUUACAUUAUUAAAGUAUUAUGAUUAUCGUUCAUGGAG